AUGUAUGGUAAUUUCUUUACCGGAUCACAUGACACAAUUACCUCAAGAAUCGAUCAAGAUGAAUUGCACGUCAGCCUACGUUUCCUAUGUUUUCUUCCUCACGGGUCCUGUCCACGCGCCUGUAGUGCAAUAGAUGGACAAAGUUUAACACACGCACACGCUGCCUUUUCCUACUCUCAAACGCAAAAAGGAGACAUGACGGAGUAUGACGAUCGCAGCAACUGUGCGUCAAAUAUGUAUUUGCCUAACUGUACAUAUUAUUUAUCGGCUCCGGAUUUUUCGUCGGUCUCUUCGUUUUUACCUCAGACUACUUCGUGUCAGGUAAAUUUUCCUUAUUCCUCCAAUAUAGCUCAAGUCCAACCUGUUCGGGAAGUUGCUUUCAGAGACUAUGGACUCGAUCACCCAAGUAAAUGGCAUUACAGGGGCAAUUACGCUUCCUACUAUCCAACGGAAGACAUAAUGCACCGAGAUCUACUCCAGUCGUCGACCAGAACGGAUGUGAUAUUCAAAAAUGAUUCCGUAUACAGCCACCACGGUGGAUCAAAUGCACCAUGCAAUUUAUUCACCAAUGUCGGCAGAAAUGGGGUCCUUCCUCAAGGUUUCGACCAGUUUUUUGACACUGUUAAUACGGCCCCCGAGAAGCCCGGCUCCGACAACUUGAAAGGAAGGACAGAAUCCGGGAUCCCCGGAGAUGAUGCGUGUAAUAAACUGUCCGCAGACAGUUCAGAGCAGGAGAAACGGGACUCAUCUGAAAACGUCGACGAAGAGUCCUCAUUAUCAAAUUGUGCGGAAGAGAAGAACAACGGUCCAAGUUCUUCAAAGUCAAGAAAAAAGAGAUGCCCCUACAGCAAAUACCAAAUCCGAGAACUUGAACGAGAAUUCUUUUUCAAUGUGUACAUAAACAAAGAGAAAAGGCUUCAGUUGUCAAGAAUGUUGAAUUUGACUGAUCGGCAAGUGAAAAUUUGGUUCCAGAACCGACGAAUGAAAGAGAAAAAAUUAAACAGGGAUCGGCUCCAGUAUUUCACCGGGAACCCUUUGUUUUGA